AUGUCCUUAGAGGACAUAGUGAAGAGUUUGGCAACUAGUACACAAACUUUCCAACAAGAAACAAAAGCAAGCAUAAAGAACUUAGAGCAACAAUUUUCACAGCUUGCUACUUCCGUAAGCAAACUAGAAUCUCAAGGAAAGUUGCCCACCCAAACUGAAAAUAAUCCAAGGCAUAAUGUGUGUGCCAUCACUUUGAGAGGCGGAAAGAGCUACGAUGGUCCAAAAGUGUCGGUUGGUCAAGAAGAAGAAGAAGUAAUUGUCGAAGAGGCCACCAAAGAAGAAAAGAAGGAAGAUAAAACAACCGCAAAGAAGUCCUUCGUCACUGAGCCUAAAGCCACACCUGCUCCAUUCCCCGAACGAUUAAAGAGCACAAAGAAAGAACGGGAAGAGAGUGAGAUUAUGCAAAUGUUCCCGAAAGUUCACAUGAACAUUCCACUCCUCGAGGCCAUCAAGCAGGUACCUAGAUAUGCAAGGUUCCUUAAUGAUCUUUGUGUAUCUAAAAAGAAAUUGAAAGGAAACCAAAUUGUAAAAGUUGGGGAAAAUGUAUCCGCGGUUUUGCAAAAGAGGAUACCCCCAAAGUGCAAUGAUCCCAGAGUCUUUACCGUGCCAUGCAAAUUGGGGAAUCUUUAUGUACCUCGAGCCAUGCUCGAUCUUGGAACAUUAAGCAAAACCGGUGUGAUCUUUCAACUUGCCGACCGGUCUUUGGUACAUCCAAAAGGUGUAUUGGAGAAUGUGUUAGUGCAAGUUGAUGAAUUUGUUUUCCCAGCCGAUUUUUAUGUCUUAGAUAUGGGAGAUGAUGACUCUCCAAGUUCAAGUUCCAUACUUUUGGGUAGACCUUUUCUUAAAACUUCUAAAACAAAAAUUGAUGUCUACAACGAAACUUUAAGUAUGGAAUUUGAUGGUGAAGUUAUCAACUUCAAUGUUCAUGAAGAAAAAAAACCACUGGCUGAAAAGAGCUUAAACUCGACUAACCAUGAUUUUAUGGAGUUAGUCUUGUCACAAAUAUUAGAUAAGUACAAAGCCAAAGAACUUGCAAAGGAGUGCGGUAUAAACAAGGAGGUGCUGGAGAUUUUGAAAUUCAAGGAUGAUAAGCACAUGUGGAUUGAUGGAAGAGAAGUAGAGCCACCUACUACCAAAGCCAAAUUUCUUCCACCGGUGGAACAAGCACAAGAUUCGGGAGCAAAAACUCCACCGGACCCUAUAAAGAAUAUACAUGUCUAG